GCAAAUUGCCAAAUCUGGGAAAUGCCGCUGCUUCCUCUGAUGCUGCCAUGCUGGCACACUUUCUUUUGGUGGGAAGGAAUGCUGCUGCUAUUUAAAGGAAGCACCUUCUAGGAGGUCCUGCUUUGAGGACCAAAGUUUGUGCCUGGAAUUUGAACUCCACUUGAAACUUGAUCCUGCGCCAAAGAAAAUAAAGACAAGAAAGUGAAACCAAUGGCUGUUUUUUUACGCAAACUGGAAUUUAACUUUCAUUUUAAAUGCGCUGUCGUCCGGAUUGGUUUUGUUGAAUGGGCACCGACGCUUCUGCUCUACAAGCGCAGCUCUCCCCAGCUAAAGAAACCCCGACCUGCGGGAGGGAGCCCGUCGUCCAGCAGGUGAAAAAUGCUGUCUUUCUCGGGGAUGUGACCUGAGUUCUACUUUGAGUUCUUUGUGAGUCUUCCAGCCUGGAUGGUACUGCGGCAAUAUUUUAACAUUUUUCAGAUGGCAUUCCUCCACAUCUUUCCUCUGGUCUUGCUACUACUGAACACAUCAAAUUCUAUUCAGGCUGUGUCUUCUAGUUUCUCAUGUGAAUCAAAUGUUGCAGAACGUGGAAAAACUGCCAGCAUUAUCUGCAAGUACACUAAAGAUAUUAGAAAUGCAUCAGUGAAAUUCUGUUUUGCCAAUACUACCACCUGUCCUGAAAGAAGUGAACUCAACACAUAUAACAGAAAGUUAACCUCUGACCAUGGAAGAAUUUCACUGAAGUUGAAUCACUCCGCCAUCCUGAUUAUUAACAAAGUACAAAUAUUGGACCAAAGAAAUUACUAUUUUUUUCUUGAAGCUGAGAAUCAUUUUGGAAGAAAAUAUGUGUUUCUAAAAGUUGUUGCAACGUAUACUAACCCUCAAGUCAGAAGGCAGAAUGACACUCUUAUAUGUACAGCAACUGGAGGUUAUCCAGAAAAGUACCUCUAUUGGUUUGACAAGUACAAUACCAACCUGACCGAUAGAUCAAAAUUUGUGGCUGUGCCAAAUGCAGACGGCUCAUUCUCUCUCAAUAGUACUCUCCUGGUUGAUUCGUCUGACAGCAAAAUGGCAUACUGCUGUACUAUUAACAACACAAAUAGCUUUCAUGAACCUCAAGGUGGUUCUUGCAUCACAUUUGAAGACGCCACAACCAAUGAGUUGCGAUUAGAAAAGACAAACAAUUCCAUUCUGAUUGUAGUAAUUGUUCUUGUGGUACUCACUGUUAUUCUUCUGGCAUUGUUCUGGAGAAAGAAGAAAGGCUCCAAUAAAAUCUGCAGGAGAGGAGAUUCAAUUGCUUCCAUGCAGCAGAAAUUCCACAGGUUUCUUCCUGGAGAACAAAUUCCAGCAUAGUAUGAAUGGGGGGAAAUAGAUUUAACAGUCUCUCUCGGAUGGAUAUUGAUAAAUAUGGCCUUGGCAUAGGAUACUGACAUCCAGAACUGCAAUGCACAAGUAUAAGAUGGGGAAGAAUUUUGUCUGGCCAUCUACUUUCUAACUCCACUGCAUGUCCUUGUUCUUUUUUAAAAUUAUCAAGAAAAAAACUUUACGUUGAUUGAAAGAAACAGGCAGUUUAUCAGUGUUCGUGAAAAUCACAUUUCUUCAGGGCUUGGAAAAACUGGGUUGAACCUGAAUUUUCCUUAAACAACAGUUGUGGAUGCACUCCUUAUAUAGCACAAACUAGCCUUAUCAUAUGAUCCUUUUGGACUGUCCUUGUGAAUCAGUCCCUUAUGAAUCCAUAUCCCCAUCUGACAGACAGAAACCACUGUGACCUAUAACUACUGAAGGAUACCAAAUGUUAAUCUGAAGAGGCACCGUGAAUGUUUCGAGGGAGAGGAGCAAAUCUUCAAAUAAAAAAAAUGGCUCAGUUGCAGGUGAAUAAGAUAACUUACUAAUGAACUGGGUGAGAGACAGUAAGAACUGUGGCUGGGCUGUUGUCAACUGCCAUCCGGAGUUUGGCUCUAUCUCCCUCCGUUUUCCAGGACUAGGCCCUGCUACUCCUGAUUGCCUCACCCCCCC